UCCUCCCCAUAAAAUUCACUCUCUCUUCCCCCACAAAUCCCAAUUUCUUACCUAAUAAUCAUCACUUACCCUCCAUUCGAUUCCUUGGCGACUGUGUGACAACUGGCAAUGUCGGGUAAGCUUAUCCAGCCACCAUCAAUGGCAGCUUCACGAGGAGCAAUCUCUAGAAGAACAGGAGACGCUAAGAUGUUGCUCUCUUUCAGCAAUUUCAAUCGCAAAACGCUGAGUUUUAGUGACAACCCACUUCGUCUCAGACCCGUGUUCAUCGGAAAAGUCCCAGAACAGAGCUCUGCUUCCUCUCCAAAUGAACAAGAAGAAGAAGACGAAGUUCUUGCAGUUUCCCAGAUUAAAGAAGAGCUCUAUGAAGCUCUCAAAGGGAUCAAUAGAGGGAUUUUCGGAAUAAAGUCGGAGAAAAAAGCAGAGAUCGAGCGUUUGGUGAAUCUACUGGAGUGUCGGAAUCCGACGCCGGAGCCGACCGGAGAGCUAGACAAGAUCGGAGGUUGCUGGAGACUUAUCUACAGCACGAUCACUGUAUUGGGUUCUAAACGAACCAAGUUGGGUCUUCGAGAUUUCGUCUCUCUCGGAGAUCUUCUUCAACAGAUCGACAUUGCUCAGGGCAAAACGGUCCAUGUCUUAAAAUUUGAUGUCCGGGGACUGAAUCUACUCGACGGCGAGUUUCGAAUCGUCGCCUCCUUCAAGAUCAUAUCCAAAUCGAGUGUUGAGAUAACCUAUGAAAGCUCAACGAUCGUGCCAGACCAGUUGAUGAACAUUUUCAGGAAGAACAUGAAUCUACUUCUAGGAAUCUUCAACCCGGAGGGACUAUUUGAGAUUUCAUAUUUAGACGAAGAUUUAAAAGUAGGGAGGGAUGGGAAAGGGAAUGUAUUUGUCUUGGAGAGAACAGAGUAACCCUAAAACCUCUUUACGAAAAUGUCUACUUUAUUUUGCAAAUUCAUUUCCAUAAGUAGAGAUAGCUUGUUUCCCAAGAAAAAUUUCAACUUUGUUCUUUAAUUUGCUUAUGUUUUGUUCAGUGCCAUUUCAAUUGACUUGGGACAAUAUGAGGUUAUACUUCACUUUGGCUUUUCUUAGUGAGAUUUUUUUUUUAUUUCCAAUUGGAGAUUAGUGAUUGUUUUUAUGUUGUCUUGGGAAUAUUUGUAACAAUUUAUUGACAUAAUUGAGUGCUCAAUAAUACUGUAUAAUUUA